AUGUCAGAAUUACAUAUGCGUUUGUUUUUUCUCUCGCUAAUCUUUCUCUGUUGUGUCUCCCUUUCAAGCUUAUCCACUUUAAAUAAACAUGUUGGUCUUGUUUCUUGCCGUCCCCACCAAAUUAAAGCCUUUACGCAGUUCAAGAACGAGUUUGACACCCGUGGUUGCAACCAUAGUGACCCCUCUAAUAGCAUCUGGUGCGAUAGCUCAACGGGUGCGGUCACGAAGCUACGACUCAGAGCCUGUCUCAGUGGAACUCUGAAGCCCAAUAGCAGCCUCUUCCGGUUUCGUCAGCUUCGUUUUCUUGAUCUCUCUAAAAACAACUUCAUCUCCACUUCACUCCCUUCUGAGUUUGGCAAUCUCAACAAAUUAGAGGUCUUGUUUCUUUACUCUAAUGGCUUCCUUGGUCAAGUUCCGUCCUCAUUUAGUAACCUAAGCAUGCUUUCCAUUUUAGACCUUAGCGAUAACAAGCUCACUGGUAGUUUUCCACCUGUACAAAAUCUAAGCAAGCUCUCCUCUUUAGACCUUUCCAGUAAUUACUUGUCUGGAAAAUUGAGUCCCAACAGUAGCCUCUUUGAGUUGCACCACCUAAGUUACCUUGAUCUCAGUUACAACAACUUCAGUUCCUCAGUCCCUACCGAAUUUGGCAAGCUCAACAAAUUAGCGUUUUUGGAUCUUUCCACUAAUAGCUUCCUCGGCAAAGUUCCUCCCACAGUUAGUAACCUAACCGGGUUAACUGAUUUGUACCUUGACCAAAACAAGCUCACUGGUACUUUCCCAUAUGUACAAAAUCUAACUAAACUCUUCUAUAUAGGACUUUCCUAUAAUCAAUUUACUGGAACCAUUCCUUCUUACCUCCUCACUUUGCCAAUCUUAUCAACUCUUGAUCUUCGUGAAAAUCAUCUCUCCCAUUAUAUUGAAGUUUCUAACUCCUCUAUCUCAUCCUCUAGCCUCGAGAAUCUGCACCUUGGGAACAACCAAUUUGAAGGAAAAAUCCUAGAGUCUAUCUCAAAGCUCACCAACCUCAAACUUCUCGACCUUUCAUUCCAAAACGCAAGAUACCGGUACCAGAUUGACUUAAACCUCUUAUCUUCUCUCAAAUCAUUGGUGAAACUCGAUUUUUCCGGUAGCAGUAUAUCUCAGGCCAGUUUAAGUUUAGAAUCAUAUAUCCCAUUGACCUUGGAAUACUUGUCUUUGGCAGACUGUGACAUCAGCGAGUUCCCAAACAUAUUGAAGAACCUUGAGAGGUUGAAGCAUAUAGAUGUAUCCGACAAUAGAAUCCAAGGGAAAAUUCCUAAGUGGUUAUGGAGCCUUCCUCGUCUGGAAUCAUUGAUUAUUACAAAUAAUUAUUUCAAUGGUUUCCAAGGUUCCGCAGAAGUCUUAGAAAAUUCAUCACUGCAUGUUUUAUUUCAAGAUUACAACUAUUUUGAAGGAUCACUUCCUAAUCUACCACCCUCUAUUGAACUCUUCUCUGCGAGUUAUAAUAGUUUCACAGGAGAGAUACCUCUUUCAAUCUGCAACAUUAGCUCUCUCUUUGCUCUUGACCUAUCCUACAACAACUUCACCGGAAAAAUUCCUCAAUGUUUGAAUAAUUUGGCAAUUGUGAAAUUGCGGAAAAACAACUUGGAAGGAAGUAUUGCUGACGCGUUCAGUGUUGGCGCUUCUCUACGGACACUCGAUAUUGGCUUCAAUCGAUUAACAGGGAAGCUUCCAAGGUCUCUUGUAAAUUGUACAUCUCUAAGGUUUCUAAGCCUAGAUAACAACAACAUCGAAGACACGUUUCCUUUCUGGCUCAAGGCUUCAUAG